AUGACGCCCUGGUCCGGCAUCUGCUCGAUGGUGGCGCUGUGUGCCGCGGUUGGCUGCUUCCGGCUGCUACUCAUCCUCAGCCGGCACGUGUCACUGCUUGUUGGCGCUGCAUCCAAAGUGCUCGACAACAACGAAAGCAAGAGGGGGCGCAAGCGCAUGCGUGAUCUUAGCCUUACCGGAACCAGACCAAGGUCCGCGGGGGCUCACCAGACCAGGAGCCGUGUCGACCCCCAGGGCUCUGUUUUCAGCGGCAAGUUCGAGAAGAUAUGGCUGGCUUUCGACAACCUUCUCCACCGCGUGGCGGUGGUGGAGAAUGACGCGAAUGUCGAAAACGAUGCGAACCUCUUGAAGGGAAAUCUUUCCGCCGCGAUCGAGGAUGCCGUCGCCGGCGGCAUCGCGGCCGCAGAGCAGAAGAUGGCGCUGGCCUUCCAGGCCAAGAUGGCACAGGCCGUCGUGAACGAGAUGGGGAAGCGGCGCGUGAUGCAGGAGGGCCGGGAGGCGUGGUGGCAGAGGAAGUUCGACCUCGAAGAGAACAAGCUUGGCACUGCGCUCGCCGCCGCGGUCGCUUCACACGAGGACGCCAUGGCCGCUCGCCAAAGGAAGUACGCGGCAACCUUCAACUCCGUCCGUGACGACGUCCUCCAGCUGAAGGAGCAAGCUGCCGACAACGCCGCGGGGAAGGCGGCCGACGACGCUGCUGCAAGGGAGAAGGCGGCGACGGCCAAUCUCCUCCGCUCCAUUAGCGCGACGCACCAGAGGCAGCAGGAGGCGGUGAUGGCGCUGCAGCAGGAGGUGCGGGAGUGCCUGGCGCGGAGGAAGGUGGAGGAAGUGUCUUCGGCGUCCCGUGGCGACCGGCCGAGUGUUGCUGCGGAGGCGUCGCCACGGCCGCCGUCGAUGGAGGACACGACCAAGCUCCGCAACGUCAAGAGCGACCUAGACUCUCUCGGAGCCCGCCUCCUUGCCCUCGAGAACGCGGGAAAUGGCUUGGAAGAUCAAGAAGGACAGCUCGAAGACAGGGCCGGGGGCGGGGGACGAGGGAGACGAGAACACGACGCCGCGCGAGAAGAGUCAUGCUGGAGGCGUGUUGGCGAGCUGGAAGACGAGGAGGCUUCCCUCAACCACCGGCUGAUGAGGCUGGAGAAGAUCCGCCGUGGCGAGCGCCUCGAGAUCCUGGGGCUAGAGCAGGUCUGCCAAGCCGCCGAAGUCGCAAUGCUGCAGGCCCAGGACGAAGGUGCCCACCUGGACGCCAAAUCCCAGAUUCUAGAAAAUUUGGCCGAGGACGAGGCUGAGGAUGCUGCAGCUGGCAACCACGGGGCCUCGUUCCCGGCUUCCUCAGGAACCCACCACGAUGCUUUGCCUGCUUCUUCCCUGCCGGAUAGUGGUGGUAGAGUUGGCAGCAACGAGGGCAAAGCCGAGCCGCCCACAAGACGAAUGGCGAAACAACGAGAUGCGGAACGAUUACCUCUGGAACGCGAAACCGCCAUCCUCCGCCAGGAGCUUGCUGAAAUGACUUCGGAGGAAGAGGGCUUGAAGAUUGAAAAGGCUUCAAUAUUCGGGGCAGCGAUCAACGGGGAUCACUACGACUUUCACCGUCUCACGCUAGCGCUUGCGUUGAUGGCGUGCUGA